AUGGCCGCCAUUGCUCAGCGACGUCGAGAGAAUUCUAGAGAGAGAGAGAAAAACAGCAGCGAUGGAGUGAGCAGGGCGGCGUAGGUUUGUUUAUCAGAGGAAGAAAGAGGGGGGUGUCUGGUUCUCGUUAUCCUCUCACGAGAUGAACUAAUCUCCUAAAAUCUCUACGCACGCAGCACGCGCAUUGUGUCGUUUUCCUCAAAGUGGGGCCCACGGGCGGAGUAAAUCGCUUCACUGCGUGCCCAUAGAAGCGGACAGAGCCGCAGGUGGAGGAGGCCGUACGUCCACGUGGCGGGACAUUCGUACUACAUUUUCCCGGGCUUAUCUGCCCGGACCGGAGACAGUAAGGAAGAGCGGGGCAGAGAAAAUAUCUUGAAACUAUAACCAUUUAUAGUAUCCGAAAAUUAGGAGCCUGAGAUAUUUACAGGAUCUGGGGAAGAUCUUCGAGCUCAGACGCCGCCGGAAAUCGGUCGGACCGGCGGCGCUGCCGCAUCUUCUGCUACAAAAGAGAGAGGGCAGGGAGGGAAGGUUAAGGGGGCUCUGUACAGGCCGUUGACUUUAGAGGAACAUGUGGGCGAGAGAGGACGUUCUGGCUGCGCCGUUGACCCAGCGGGAGGCGGACGUCGGCUGGCGGACCUCCAUCUCGCGGCGGCGCAGCGCCCUCAGGAACUCCUCCGAGCUCAGAUUCUUGUCCCGGUUGACGUCGAAGACGUGGAAUAUGAUGUCAACCACGUUGUCCGUCAAGAAGACCCCGCACACCUGCUCCAACAUAAAGUCAACAUAAGAAGUCAGCUGGGGCCGUGGCGUUGACCAAAGAGGCGGUGGUUAAGCGCACGUACGUUGGAGGCGGCUCUCUGGAAGUCCCCUUUGGUCAGCAGGCCGUUGACUUUCCCGUAACCGAAGAGGGCCAGCUCCAGCUUCUGCAGCCGCUCACGCAGAUCUGCAAAGGCCUUGAAUUCCUGCAAAGCAGAAAGGUCAGCGGCUGCUGGGGUCAGAAAAGGGAAGGUGGUGGCGGCUGGGGGUGGGGCGGCGGGAGGUUGACCUCGAAGGUGAUGCGGACGUCUCUGAGAUGA